AUGCCCAUCACUCGGAAAGCAUUAUCGUCUUUGAAGCAGCUGAAGGUUCAGCUGGAAGACCUGCGAUCUUCAUUUGACGACAUCUCUGGUUUCAUUCAGAAGUUUUCUGAUGCAACCACUGCUACCCAGGUAGACGUUCGGUUGGAGCGAAUUGACGAUUUGUGGGAGAGAUUUAGCGAGAACUUGGUCGAGCUACGAUCUCAUGAAGAGUUUGAGGACGAAGAGAAUCAACUUGGGAAGUUGCGCAAGCAGAUGAGUGAUCGAUAUUAUGAAGCCAAAACGUUUUUGUUGGACAAAAGCAAAGCCCUUCAUGCUCCUCCGGCCGUGGAUCAGUCUCUUCUCGAACAACCGGCAGCAAAUGUUGUUGAUCAUGUCAGGUUACCGCAAAUUCAUCUUCAAACGUUUAGUGGUGACAUCGAUGAGUGGUUGAGCUUCCGAGACUUGUUUACGUCGCUCAUCCACUGGAGGACCGAUUUGCCGGAAGUAGAGAAGCUUCAUUAUUUGAAGGGUUGCCUUCAGGGUGAACCGAAAAGCCUAAUCGAUCCCCUGAAGAUUACCAAGGUAAAUUACCAAAUAGCUUGGGAGACGUUGAUGAAAAGGUACAAUAACAACAAACUAUUGAAGAAGAAACAGGUGCAAUCUUUCUUCAUGUUACCGACUUUGGGCAGAGAAUCGGUUGUUGAUCUGCGUUCUCUGGUAGAGGGUUUUGAGCGAAUCGUUCAAACACCUGAUCAAGUUGAGGAACUUGUUGAUAACAAGGAUCUUCUGUUGGUGAAUUUCCUUACAAUGCAAUUGGAUCCUUCGACUAGUCGAGCUUGA